AUGCCCAAUAUGCUUGAAGAAGAAAAUAAAAAGAAAGAAGAUGCCAAGAGGAAUAAGAAAUCUUCAGGAGAGGACCAAGGGGACUCUUCCAAGAAUAUACUAGAGAACAAGCAAAAGGAAAAACUUAUUUAUAGGAACAAGGAAAGAAAUUCGCAACUUUACAUGAAAGAGAGGAAGGAUGCAGACAAUCACGAACAACAAAUUAUUCAUGGUGAGUUUGAGAGCCUUGGUGAAGAUAACCAUUAUAGUGCUACCAUAAUAGAAAAUAACACUGUCAGUACGUGUUCGUAUCCCCUCCUUCCUGCUUGCGAGAAAUUAGAAAGUAAGAAAUUUAAAGAACAUAGCGGAAGCAACAUAAGCCGGGAUCAAAAGGAUUCUUUUGUGGAGGAACUUCUUGGCGAACGACAAGAAGAAAUUAUUGAUGGUGAGCCAGAUAUCAACAAAAUAACAUGCGAAGAUGAUAUCCCAGAUAAUUGUGAUCAAAUUAUAAAUGAAAAGAUUAUAAACUAUGGAUCGAGACUUUUGGCAAAAGAUGAAAAUGGUGGAAACUAUCAUAUCACACAAGGAAUGCCGAGAAGUAUCAAAUUUUGUUCCAUCAAUAACCUUUAUAAGUGUACUUUCAGGAUCUCACCAAUUGAAGAUGAAUAUUAUUGGAAUUGUCCAACUGAAGAAGACCAAAAUAUGAAUCAUUUGGCAAAUGAAGAUUCAAGUAUCAAAACAAACAAAAAGACUGUUAGUUGUGAGAGAAAACGGAGAAACAACAACUGA